AUGACGAUUAUAAAUAAAAUAAUAGAUAAUGAUAGAAAUGUUUAUAUUGAAAUAACAAAUGAAAAGAUAGAUUUGAUGAAAUAUAUAGAUAUGGUUGGUGAUGAAAAAGCAGGAGCAAUAUCAACAUUUAUAGGUACAACACGUGAUAACUUUAAAGGUAAACAAGUACUCUAUUUAGAAUAUGAAGCUUAUAUACCAAUGGCUUUAAAAGAAAUUGAAAAAAUUAUAAAUCAUCUUUAUCAAAAUUUUAAUAUUCAAAAUUGUUCAAUUAUUCACAAUAUCAUCACCACAUAG